AUGAACAAGAUUCGAAAGCGGCGAAAAACUGGCAAGGAGGAAGAUAGUAAUAGGAAGGGCGAUUAUAAGGCGGCCCCGGUAGGUAAAGAUACGGCCCAGAUCCAGAACCAGAUUCCCGCGAGUUCGUCUGCCAGUGCCGGCAACGCAAAUGCGACUGCAGAUACGACUGCAUUUGCAACCAAAAAAGGAAGUGACGCAAAUCCGGUCGCAGAUGCUGCAGCCGUCGGAAUAAAGGAAAACAACGCAAAUCCGCCGUUUGCAGUCGUCUCCGGAAACAAGGAAAACAACCCGAAUCAGGUAGCAGUCCCUGCCGAAAAGGAAAACACCGCAAAUCAGAUUGCAGUCCCCGGCAAUAAAGAUGAAAACAGCGCGCCCUCGGCUUCAGCCGCCGGAAAUAAAGUGGAAGAGAAGCAGAAAUGUAUUGAAGUACAAGUUGAAAGACCCUCUGAUGGUGAUACUGCAGUCAAAGAAAAGGCUGCUCCUGCAAUUCCCGAUCUGGUGGGAGAGCAAAUCGUCGACGAGACCACGACGAUCAAGGAAGCUACAGAAAGUACCACCGCGGGGAAGCCCCAUCAUCAAGCUGUAGAAGAGCUUCAAGCAAAUCAAGAUAAGGCCUGUGCGCGUGCCGAAGAACCUGUCAUUGUCCCAUCUUCGUCUUCAUCCUUCUCUUCCGCAGCACCGCUGUCUGGAGAAACGUUGUUGCCCGAAGAUCACUAUCCUGUGCAAAAGUAUCGUACUCGUAUAAAUCCGCUACUGGCAUGAAUAUAACUUCUCACCAACUUCCCAACAACUUAUGAUCAACUUCUUCCCAACCUUUUCACCAACUUCCCAGCUGUUGAGAAGUUGGCGUAGACCGCUUGCCGCGGUUGUUCCGACGCUUGACGCAGAGUUGAAAUCCACGCGAAGCUCCUGACAGGCUUCCGGCUAGGACGUCUCAGAAGGAAUAUCCCGGGCCUCGAUUCGUGGCCGCACGUAAAAAGCACGCCGACGCCGCAUUUUGCGGCAAGCGCGGCGCGUUACAUCAAUUAAUGCACAAAGCAAUAACUCACUUCUCAACAACAUCUCUACGCACUUCAUCUUACCAGCUUCGCGACGAACAUUCCGGCGCAUUCUGCGGCAAGCUUUGAGCUUUUGGAGGCGUCAUGCUAAUUCUUGCAUGACGCCUCCAAAAGCUUAAAGCUUGCUGCGAAGUGCGUCGGGAAGUUCGUCGCGAAGCUGUUGAGAAGUGCGUGGAGAAGUUGUUGAGAAGUGAGCUAUUGAUUUGCGCAUUACUUGAUGUAGGGCGCACGCAAACUCGCGUUUUUUUGUGAAAACAAAUAAAACGCAGACAAUAUAUCAAUUGAUUAGCUGAGUAAUUGGCUGCUCAGCUAAUCAAUUAAUUAAUCAGCGCCAGGCGAGAAUGGCCGGCGUUCAAAGCUUGCCCGCCCAAGCCGCGCGCAGCUCCACAUCGCCGAGGGAAGCUGUCUUCCGCUUCCGGCGAUUCUUUCUUUGAUGGCUGCACGCAGGACAGAUGCGCGCGCGCAGAAAUCACGGUCGCGCGGCCUGCCGCCUCUUGUAUACGGCUUUGCGCGUGGUUCCGUCGUGCUAACUGAUGAAACUGCACUGCAGAUAAACGGACAGAACAAGACUGCGGUCUUCUUUCCAUUUAUCUGCAGCGCUGUUCCUUCCAGCUCUUGCAGCUGCAGUGGCAACUGCAAGCAGCGAGCACGAUAUAACUCGCAGCGACGGAGUGACGCGACGCGUCGCUUGGUCGAGGCGAGAACGACGCCAGCAUGUCGCGGCGCGACGCCACUUCUCACCGAAGUUGGUGCGGAAGUCGGUGAGAAGUGGCGCGCGCCACUUCUCACCGACUUCCGCACCAACUUCGCAACCAACUUCGCAACCGACUUCUCACCGACUUGUCCGUCAGAUUCUGCAUAGAAAUUUUAGCGGAUUUAUACGAGUACGAUACUUUUGCACAGGAUAAUCACACAACUGCAAAAUCCCAGUCCGUGACCGACGCCGAACUGUUUGAGAGUCUUUGGAAUGCAAAAGAACUGAGCACGACCAACUACUCCGCUACGAUUGGCGCUGCAGAUUACAACCCGUCUUGGAUGGGUCCGGUCACGAUGGAUCCUCCUCCCGUAGGAAGCUGUGCCGCAUCUUCGAAAUCCGUAAAUGAUUUCUCGCUCAGCACGCCUACUUUUCCCUCCUUUCCCACGACAUCGAGGCAUGGUAUAAACGAGCACCGCAUGUAUGUUGACCAUGAUCUCUUCAUCUUGUUUUCUAGUUAGUGCUCUCCGAAACUGAAUGCAUAUCCAUUAUGUUGCUGCGCCAUUCCUUCCUGAAGAUGUAACUCGGAUCGACCUCUCAAUUCUUUCGAGGCAAAAGCCGGCGUGAUCCGUAGUUGUAUGCAAAACUAACUGUCAUACUCAGAUCCGGCUGCGUCUUCUUUCGGAUUCGCAGAUCCGUGGACCGUCGGAAGCCAGUUGAUGGAGCACCAGUGCUUUCCCUACGGCCACGACGCGUCAAGCAGCGCACCACAUCAGACGGUGGAGCAGUGGUCUUGGGCGGAUCAAGGAUCAGCGGACUAUCAGCAGCCAGCUCCUUGGGAAGACUUUAUGGGAGCUGUCGGGCCUCGCGUUUCAACAUCUGGAUGGGCUGAUCGAACUCAACUCUCUACUUUUCCUGACGUUCAGCGUGUUUCCAACAUCUUCAACGACCAACAAUCUGCUGCCACGAGCGUCGCCCCAGCCACCUCCGCGGCAAGUGCGACCGCGUCGUCUGGGGAGAACGCGGCGGAAGAACAACCCGCAUCCUCCGAGGAACUACAACCGGGUAACACCAAGACUGAGACGAAAGAGAGUGGCAUGAUAAGCGCUGAAGAGCUGCAGGCUUUGGUCGCUUUGGCUAUUCCGAAAUGUGGAGAGGAGCAGCGUUCUAAUUCCAAGACAGCAAC